AGCACUAUCGGCUCAUAAUUACAGAUACGAUAUAGAUUUUAUUAAUAAAACAGUACAAAAUCGAUCAGGGAGUGAACAACCGAUUUCUGACUAGUUUUGUGUUAGUUUCUCCUCUUGAGGCGGUCUCUGGUGUCUGUGCUCUGCCUAUGUGCGUGUGUAUGUGUGUGAUGUGACUGGAAACACGUCCAAUCACUUGCUUGCUUCUACCAACCAAGGUCCAGUAAGGUUAAGGUGAACCACUGGGAGGGAAAUCUAUCGGAAGCAGAAAAAUGGAAGACGCAACAGUGCACAGUGCACCUGCGAAUCUAAAGUCAAAAGUGUGGAAAUACUUCGGGUUCCAUAAAAACAGUCAAGGCACCCUCGACAAAUCAGCUGCAGUGUGCAGAACAUGCAAAACUAGCAUCAAGUAUACUGGAAGUACAACAAACCUCGCUCUCCACCUACGCAGACGGCACAGUGUGGAAACGGAGGAAAAAAAUGCGCAACAAGAGGCAAGUAAAAGUGCUACUAGUGCUAGCAGCUACUUUCAAAGUGCGUUAGCUGAUAACUCUACCCAUUCAAAAGCAAUAACAGAAGCUAUAGGCUAUUUCAUCUGCAAAGACAUGUGUCCCUAUAGCGUUGUUGAAAAUGCGGGGUUUAGACAAAUGAUACGGAUUUUGGAACCGAAGUACAAACUGCCAAGUCGCCAGCAUUUCAGUGAAAAAUGCAUCCCUGGACUUUACGAGGAGGCUAAGCGUGAGGUGUCAGAAUUUCUGUCCACUGCGGAACGAGUAGCUUUUACAACAGACGCUUGGACCUCGCGUGCAACUCACUCAUAUGUUACAAUUACUGUGCAUUAUGUUGCUCCAGACUGGUCAAUGAAAACUCAUGUCCUGCAAACGCGUGUGUUUAACGAGAGCCACACAGGAAAGAAUAUUGGUGCCCUUUUGAGAGACGCAUGCAUGGAAUGGAAGAUUGAAAAAAAAAAUCCUGCACUUGUGACGGACAAUGCUCGAAAUAUGAUAGCAGCAGGUCAAGAGGCAGAAAUGAACCCUCAUGUUACAUGCAUUGCUCACACCAUUAAUCUGGCCUCACAGAAAGCUUUUCAAGUACAACAUGCUGCAAGAGUGCUGGGCCAAGUGAGGAGAAUUGUAACCUUUUUUCAUCACAGCCCAAAAGCCAGUGAAAUACUUCACCAGAACCAGCUCCUGCUUGGUUUGCCAUCCCACAAGCUCAUACAGGAUGUAUGUACACUCUGGAAUAGUUCCUAUGACAUGCUGGAACGUUUUUUGGAGCAACAGCCUGCAGUUUUUGCAGGUUUAAUGUCAAGAGAGCUGAGGAAGGGUGAAGAUGUCAAUACUUUGACAGAAGAAGACCUUGCUACAAUUGAGGCAAUUGUAAAGCUCAUGGAACCUGUCAAAGUGGCAACAACACUUCUGUGUGAAGAAGACAAUCCCACUCUGUCCAUGGUUGCCCCUGUUCAGGCAAAACUGAGAAAGCACUUUAGUGCAGUUGAUGGUGACCUGCACAUCAUUGCAGAAAUGAAGGCCAGGUUUUUGGAAGACUUCCAAAAAAGAUACCAGAGAAUUCAAGACACACUGCAUGUUGCCAGUGCACUAGACCCACGCUUCAAAGUCCUGUCCUUCAUUGAUGACGACAAAAUCAGAGAGCAGACGUACCUGUCAGUGUUAACUGAGGCGUUAACCCUACACAAGAAGGCAGCUGAGGGCAGAGACGGUGAAUUUGAGAAAGGACCUGCACAAAGGAACCCAAUGCCAGGUGAAGACAAUCCUCACAAGGACUGCAGAUGAUGGCCCUCCCCAAAAAAAGAUGAAGGCUUUGGACCAGAUGUUCAGUGACAUCAUAG